UAUAGAUAAUUUUACGCAGAACUACAGAAGUUUCCUAAUUAGUGCGCAAUGAUGAUGGUUUUGGCCGCCCGACGUGCAAGUCUGUAAGGCAUGUCAGGGCAUGUCCAAAUUGGAUGAAGUGGCACUGCCUAUCGAUAGCGUGCUAAAGUAUAGGAUCGUGAAAACGAUUUAAAAAAGUGUGUUUAAGUAUCUUCGUAAACCGUAUGGAUCAAGGAGUUACAUUGCUGUCAUGGAUUGUUCUGAAACCCAGUACUACUUGAAUGGGAACUGCCACCCAUGUCUGCAAUGUGGACCAGGACAAGAGCUGUCAGAGGACUGUGGUUAUGGAAGUGGACGGUCGGCUUAUUGCAUCCCCUGUAAUGUCAAGACUUAUAAAGAGGGUCGGGGUUACCACUUCUGCAGAUUCUGCCAGUCAUGUAAACGCAUAAACAGGCACCAGAAGUCACUGUGCACCUCUAAAAGCAAUGCAGUCUGUGGGGAGUGUUUACCAGGCUUUUACAGUAAGACACGGAUAGAUGGCUUGCAGGACUUGGAGUGCAUGCCAUGUGGUCCCUCCUCCACUACUGAGCAGCAGUGCAGCCGAAGCAGAGAAGUUGAUGUGGAAAAGGUCUGGAGCCCAGAAGGCCCAGCCCAUAAUGCUGCUGUUAACGCCACAAUUUCUGUAGCCCUGGUUACCAUGGCAAUCAUCCUAGCUGCUGCCUUGUUUAUAUACUUCAGACAUACCUUACUAAAGAAAAUAUUUAAAGGAUGCCUGGCUCCUCAAAGCACAAGUCAGAAUGACAUGGAGUGUGCAGCAUACCCAGUGAACAGGGUCACACUGAACCUGGAGCAGGAAGGCCAAGACUCAGGUGCAUGUGAUAACUCUACCACCACUGCAGAAACAUUGGCCAGACUGCAGUCCAAAGUGGACAUAAUUGUCCCUCUGGGGUCCAUUGUACUAAGCCCUGACCUUAAAACUCAGGACCACAGAUACCUCCUGGUGACCCAGCCGCUGGUGCAGAACUCCACCUGCAGUAACUGCUCAUCUGGGUUUGUCUGUCAGAUAUCCUCUGAGCCGCCCUCAGUCAGUGGGGACGUCCCACUCACAAUGGAGAUCCCUGUGGGUCCAAUAGACAGUGGGGAGUAUGUCGCAGGGUCCCUGUUCCUGCAGAGCAGUGAGGGAUACUGUGCCUCUGAGCUGCAGGAGAGCCCUCUCCAUCAGCAUGUCCCAGUGGAGUGCACUGAGCUAGACUUCCACAGCACUGCAGUCUCAACACUGGACCUCGACAGUACUACAGACCCAGACUGUAGCUCUGUGAGCCUGGGGAUUACUGAAAUAUCUGAGAUUAGGGACGGCUCAUCCGGAGACAGGUUAGGAGGAAGACAACUGAGGAGGAGUCCAUCUGACUGCCCAGAGGAGCAAACUGACAGCUGUUGGAGCAGCCGUCAACAACCCUGCAACAGAAGUCUGGGAGGCAGUAAUGCGAUGGAAACCGUGAGCCUGCUGAAGAAGUGUAUCCGAAUCAUGCAAGGUGUCCGUCUAGGCAGGCUGCCGCAGGCCUUGGUGGAUUCUCUGGCUCUGAAGCUGGACCCAACGUUCCCAGGAGUACAGAACUACCAGCAGGUGGCGCUGAAGAUGGGCAUAUCUCACGAGUUGCUGAAAGACCUGCGCGGGUUUGAUCAGGUCUUUCGGUACCUUUCCUCCUGCACUCUGCUGACGGUACCUGAACUGCUCCACACCUUCUAUCUCCUGCAAAGGCCUGACACCCUGCUCCUGCUAUGUGAAUAUGCCCUGCAGCGCUAUGCCACAGGAUGAACAUGCUAACUGUUGAUGCUAACAACACUUCUGCCAACACAACCUAGAAGGCUGACAUCAACAGGUUAUAAUAUGAUCAGUAUGCGUACUACUGAACUAGAACCUACCUGGAACAACAUAACUGCUCAAACUCAUAUGUGGAUGUGUAAACAUUUAGGGGUUCACAGCAAAGCUGUAAAACCUAUUGUUAGUAUUAGAUUAUUUGUUUUCCUUGACAUGGUCAAAUAACACAUUGGAAACUUUUUUCAAAUUUUACACACAGAAACUAGAGACCUGAAUAACUUGGUCAAAUAUAAUGGCACUGAUUGACCUAUAUGUGGCACUGUUAUAAGCAGUCUCACUUAAACCCUCAUAUCCGCCGCCUCAUUUGACCUAGAGACUUGAAACGUUGUAUCUAGGUGUUGUUCCCCAUACUGAACAAAUUUGCCUCAAGUACCCAUAAGGUCUGUCGGGACAGAUUUUCCUCCAUCUUGGACAUUUUGGAAAACCUUUGAAAAAUUUCUCAUGAACCAUAGGUAACUUCUUCUCAUGAAAUUCGGUAUGUAGGCGCAUGGUACAUUUCAUAACUUAGUUUGAGAAAAGCUAAGCGAUUGGUUAAGAGAUGGCUGAGUUAUUGAUAAAUCAGGAAAACCGAUUUUACGUGUCCAUUUAAAUCCUUUGUAAAUCCACCCCAAAAUGGCCUAUCAACUUGAAACUUUUUAGAAUAAUCAAAUACAUUACCACGAUGAGCCAUGCUACACUUGGAAUUGAUAUCUUAAAAAUAUGGACACUAUUAACAAUUCCCUUUUUUCACUAUAUAACGCUAAUACUAAAAAUAAUUGUUUUAAAUCUUCUCAUCGACUAAAAGUCAGAUUCACUCCAAAUUUUGUCUUUGGACAGUAGUCCAUAAAGCAUUUGAGAAAAUAAUUAUUUGAGAAAAUAAUGUUGGUACAUUCAAAGAUGUCCACACUAUACCAGUAGAUUCAUAUUUGAAAUCUAAAUCUCAUGAACCAUUGGACCAAAUGACACCAACUUUGGAAUGUAGGCCCAUGGUGCAUGCCAUAACUUAGUUUCAGCUAACGUAUUGGUCGAAAGAUGGCUGAGUUAUUGACAAAUCAAAAAUCUGAUUUUACGUGUCCAUUUAAACCACUGUAAAUCCACUACAUAGUGGCCUAUCAACUUGAAACUUGUCAUCGCUAUCAUGGAUGUCCUUGUGGUAUUGAGAGAUAAACAUGGUAAUGCUUUCACUGAUUCCACAUAAAGGAAGAUAGUUCCUACAUGAUAGGGUGCUUGAUUUUUUUUAUCCUAUUAAUCUUGAGUCCUUUCUGUCAUCAAGCCUGGGCAGCUAUAUUUUUUAUUCGGAAUAGAUCAAAUGUUAUUUUUUACCUGGUUUCACAUGUAAUGUAUGUUAAUGUGACAUAAUUUACUCUAUGUUUCAGAUAUUUUGUCAUGCAUCAAAUGCUAUCCAUGAAAAUGAUGCAUUCAUAUCUAAAAGGUUUGUCAGAAGAUACAUUCUUUUAAAUGCAUACUGUACAAACUAUGUUAAUGGCUGUACUGAAUUUUGUAUUAGUAUUACUUUUUAUACAUGUUUUGGACUUUUGUAAACAAAACAAAAAUUACAUUCCUAUUCAUGGUAAUUGUGUUGUGAUGUAAUUUGUCAUAAACAUUACGUAAUAAAGAAGUAUAUAGUCAUAGACAGAUUUGAACAGAAAACAUGGCCAGUUGCUGUAUUUCUGCAGUACAUAAUUGAAAAGCAGAUGUAAAAUUAAGAUUUGCAGAACUAAUGCCACACUACUGACAUUUCUACUAAGCUACCUUUUAGCAAGGCUUUCACAUUGUGUAACAACACAAAUUAUUUUGUUAAGAAAUGAAACUUGAGUUUUUCUCAGCAUUGUUCAUUUACUUUUCCAAACAAGUACAGCAUAGAAUAACAAUAAAUGUACACGAAGACAUCACAAUCCACAGUCAAAAAUAGAAAAAGUACAAUAAUUGUACAUCUAUAGGAGACUGGAUAUUAUUACUUUUAUAUUGUAUGGUCAAGUAAAGCUAUUUUACUGUUUUACAGUCAUGAACAAGCUGAUGGAGCCCUCUGAUGUUCUCUAUGUGUAUUACAGUAGAUAUCAUGAUUUCAGUGACAUCAAUGAGACAACCAAUUUGUAUUAGCAACCAAAAUCAUAAUGUAUUGUUUACAACCAUACCAAUAUCAUUUGCUUAUACCUUAUGGUGUUGUUUUUUAUGUGGUAAAACUGUAAACUGUUACAAAGCUGACUUCCCAGAAAGACCAUCUAAUUUGAGAUUGACAAACAUGCUAUAUGUAAAAGAAAA